AUGGGCCGUGCCCUCAAUGCCAGCGCGCCAGGCUUCCUGCUGCUGGGCUUCUCCGAGUUUCCGCGCCUGCGGCCCACUCUCUUCCUGCUGCUGCUGGCCGCGCACCUGGCCACGGUGGCCGGCAACCUGCUCAUCCUGGCAUCCGUGGCCGCGGCGCCGCGCCGCCCGCCCAUGCUGCUCUUCCUGGGCCAGCUGUCGGCCAUCGAGCUGGGCUACACGCUUGUGGUGGCGCCGCGCGCGCUGGCGGACCUGGCUGCUCCAGGCCCCGCGCGCGGCCGCCCCAUCUCGCUGGUGGCCUGCGCCAUGCAGAUGCAGCUCUUCGUGGCUCUGGGCGGCGCCGAGUGCUUCCUGCUGGCAGCCAUGGCUUACGACCGCUACGUGGCCAUCUGUCACCCGCUGCGCUACCCGGCAGUGAUGACUCCUGCACUUUGCGCGCGCCUGGCGCUGGCCUGCGGCCUUGGCGGCCUGGCAGUGUCGCUGGAGCUGGUGGCCGGCGUCUUCCGCCUGCCCUUCUGCGGGCCGCGCCUGCUUGUGCACUUCUUCUGCGACAUCACGGCGCUGCUGCACCUGGCCUGCACGCGUGGCUACGCGGACGAGCUGCCUCUGCUCGGUGCCUGCCUGCUGCUGCUGCUGCUGCCCGCUGCGCUCAUCCUGGCCUCCUACAGCGCCCUGGCAGCCGCCCUGCGCCGCCUGCGAGUGCCCGGGGGUCGCCGCAAGGCCGCCGCCACCUGCGCUUCCCACCUGGCCGUCACCUUCCUGCACUAUGGCUGUGCCACCUUCAUGUAUGUGCGGCCCAAAGCCUCCUACGCCCCGCGGAGCGAUCGCACGCUGGCGCUAGUCUACACCAGCGUCACGCCGCUGCUCUACCCGCUCAUUUACAGUUUGCGCAACCGAGAGGUCACCACCGGCCUUCGCAGGGCGCUGGCGUGGCGGCGGUGGCCCAGCCGGGCUCUGGGCCAGGCGGUGGGGAGCGAGCCCUGA